AUGAAGCUUCACGAGACCACGCUCUCUGUCAAAGGAGACAUUCCGGUGUCCCGAGAGGAUCUCUCAGUCGCGGUCACGCGCUUCCCCAACCUCUCCCAUCUGCAUCUUAGCAGCAACGGCGUCGAGUGCGUCGACGACGCCUUCCUUGCUCACCUAGCUUCGUCAUGCCCGAAGCUGACAACUCUCCAUGUGGGAAGGAGCCUCCUUCACCUCCCACGACUCGCCCAUUUCUCCACCCUCGGCCAUUACCAGAAUUAUCAGCCGGCAGGUGCUGCAAGCGUGGCGCUGCCGUCUCCUCUGAAAUCGCUAAAGUUUUUCGUUUCCUGUCCUGAGUGGGACAUCAUCUUUCCAUUAGCAUCGCCGUUCAUCGGGCUUGAGGAGCUGCUGAUUACCAACUGCAGUGGGUUGGAGACCCUUCCCGACCGAAUGGGAGACUUGCUGCCGUGCCUUCGCAAGCUGACCAUUCGCGACUGCCAGUCUCUUGCCUGCCUGCCUGAAAGCUUUGUUUCUCUGAGCCGUUUGGAAACCCUCGUCUUUUGUAUGUGCCGAUUUCCCUUACCCAGCAACUUCGGUCACCUCCCUGCCCUUAAAGUGCUGGUGCUGGAACGAUUGUGUCUCCGGGAACUCCCUGCUUCCUUCUGCCAUCUCCUCUCUCUCGAGGCACUUUUUUUAGUUAAAUGUUUUGUCUAUGAUGUUCAGCAGCUGCCAGAAGGCUUCUGCCGCCUCACGGCUCUCAAGCUGUCGCAGCUGAAGGUGCUGAAGCUGAAUAAUGUCAGGGUGCGAUGCGGGCGUGCAGUCAGCGGCAGGUUGCCGUGUCUGCAGCAGCUGGAGCAGUUGGAGAUGCGUUUAGGUGGUGACAGUCGGGAGCUAUCAGUCCCGCUGACCUUUCUCCCUCACCUGCGCAGCUUGCUGAUAGAUGCGCCAGGAGUCUGCAGCCUCCCGGAAGACAUGGUGGCAGCAUUUCCGCAACUGCGGCAGCUGGAGCUUCUUUCUUGGUCACCAGGGAAGCUGCCAGGAAGCGUACUGGAGCUGCGCACGCUGACUUCAUUGAGUAUCAACGCACCCCGGCUGGUGUCGCUACCUCACCGCAUGAGGUCCUUAUCUCGGCUGCGCAAGAUGCAGCUGAUUAGCUGCAGCGCCUUGCAGCAGCUCCCAGCGUUUCUCACGCAGCUGCACCAUCUGAUUCUCCAUGACACCUCCAUGCGCUCCCUUCCUGCAAAUCUCGUGCAGUUCACUAAAGAGCCUUGA